AUGUUCAUCAAGGAUGCAUUUGAACCAAGAGAAAUGGUCAAGUUCAUAAAUACCAUUGCAGAAUUUUGGAAUAUGACAUCUGUCUAUAUAAUUUACAAUUCGAGGAUAUCACAACAAAAUUUUAUGUCGGAAGUUUUGGAUGAAUUGCACUCGAAGAACACUUAUCUAAAUCGAUUGCCACAAAUGACGGUGGGAAGUAAAGAUGUUGAAAAACCCUUAUAUGAUAUUGUCAAUAUAAGUCGGAAUGCCUUGGUCUUAACACUAAUGCAUAGUGUUUACGAUCCCGUUUUGGAGGCCACAGCCAAGGCGCUGCGUAAACGAAAAUUGUGUUUUACAAUUUAUCUACUCCACACAUUUACCUAUGACGAAGAUCAUAGAUAUUUGUUCGACAAGUUGUGGAAAUAUCAGCUAAGGCGGCCCUUAGUCAUUGCCAAUGGCCGAGAUCUGCUGACCAUGGAUCCAUAUCCAAUAUUGAAGAUUGUAAAUGUUACCAAGGACCUUAUGUGGAAAUGGUUUCCCAUUGUGGAUGGUAUCAAGGACUUCAAGGGUUAUACCGUGAAUAUGCCCGUACAAACCGAUUUACCGGCCACUUACUUUUACCUGGACAAGCAAACGCAAAAAUACAAAGCCGAUGGCCUGAUAGCCUGGUAUAUCCGUGAAUUAAUGACCCGCUUGAAUGUCACCCUGGAGGUGUAUCCUUUGAACAACAACGAAACAUAUUUUUUGGAUUUUCGUAAAAUUUUUUCAUUACACCGCAAUGGAGACAUCGAAAUAAAUCCCAAUGUAAUGACCGUCCAUGCCCAUGUGGAAAAUAUCGACUUCAGCUAUCCCUAUAUUGCCACAUCGCGCUGUAUUAUGGUGCCACGUCGAAAGAAAAUCACCAUUGACUUUUUGAGUUUCAUUGACUGGAAACUGUGUGUAUUUUUGGCCGUUGUUGUGACGUUUUAUCAAAUUCUGUGGAAGCUCUAUCCUCGAUAUCAGAGUGUCGUGAAACGUGACUACAAUUGGCUGAAAGUUCCUCCAUACUAUAUACUAUGGCUGAUGUUGGGCAUACCAGUGCCACAUUUGAAUUCUUUGCCCACUUUGGGACGUUUGCGCACCUUUGCAUUUCUACGCUUCCUCGUCGUCUUUUUUAUGAUUGCCUUCAAUGGCAAUUAUAUUUCCCAGAUAUUUUCAACAAAUUUAACAUCAUUUCUUACCGCCAACUAUCUCAAGGGGACUUCGAGUCAGUUGAAGGAUAUAAUCGCGGCCAAUAUACCCAUCGUAUUGGGUAAAGUUGAUGCCCAGCCCUUUCUCAGCUAUAACCACGUAGGCAAAAAGUCAUUGGAAAAGUUCAUCUACAUUCCAUACGCCGAUGUUCAGAGGUAUCGUAAUCGACUUAAUUCCUCCCUUAGCUAUUUAAUUGCAAGAGAAGAAUAUCCAAUAAUUGAUGAACAACAGCGCUAUUUGGAUUCGAAACGUUUUAUACUCUCCCAUGUUUGUCAUGGCCCCUAUCCUCGUCAAUUUCCAUUGCGAGCGGAUAGUCACUUUCUUGAGUUGUUCCACUUUUUCAUCCUUCGUAUACACGAAGCUGGUCUAUACCAGCAUCAAAAGCGUAAUCUCUUUCAAAGGAUCAAAAAUCAUGGCCAACUUGAUUAUAUUCGAGAAUCGGAUGAGGAAAAAUGUAAAAUCACAUUUACCACAUUGACUGCAAUGUUUUAUGUCCUGUCGGUGGGUUACGCCAGCAGCAUAACAGCAUUUAUUUUUGAAUUGUAUGGCAAAAGGAUAAUGCGAUAUUUUAGGGAGUCGAAAAUUUGGAAGCUUAGAUGGAGUUUGGGAAUAUGUAACCGCCGCGAGAAUGUAUUCAUUUCUCAAAACGGAAAAUCAUAA